GGUUACUGAUCGAUGCACUCAUAAAGGUGCGUUCACCUUCUGGCUCCGCCCACUUCAAAGGUUGCUCGAGACCUUUCGUCGGGGAUUUUUACUUUCUUUUUUCACUGCUUCAGAACACUGUGGCAACUUUUAAAUGUUUAAUCGGCCUGUUUUUUUAUCGUCCUAUUUAGCCUCGACUGUCGAGAUUCAUGUAGCAAAUGUGUUUUAACUUUCAAAUCGCCAUUAAGUAGCUCUUCCCGCACAGAAGAAACACUAUCGAGUGAAGAUGGCAGAUGUUAAGUUUUUGGUUUAUUUUACAUGUUUCUGUUUGUAUCAAGAUUUAGUUUUCUGUGAUGAAUAUGGCGAAAGUGGAAACAAGAUCACACUAAAUCCAGUCAUCCAUGGAAAACCUGAAGAAAUAAUGUGGACACAUAAUGGAAACAAGGUUCUGGAGUAUGACGGGAAGCAGAUGGACACAUAUGGCUCAUUUAAAGACCGUGUAGAUCUUGAUUUUGAAACGGGACAGCUCACAAUAAUAAAACUUAACAACCAAGACAGUGGCAAAUAUCUGUCUGAAAUUGUGAUCAGUAAGAAGGUUCAUACCUCCAGUCAUACUUUGACAGUUUUGGAUGCUCUGCCAGAGCCUCUGGUAACCUGUGAAGUGGACGAGACUUCAAAUGUGAAAAAACUGUCCUGUUCAGUGGAAUCCCAGACUCAGCCGAGCUAUGAAUGGAGUGGAUCUGAUGUAAAACAGCCAGGGCCAACACUUGUUGUUAAUGAACAGGAGGAAAACCUUAACUCAGUCUAUACCUGCACUGUGAAGAGUAAAGCUGGAAGCAGGACCACAGACUUUAAUCUGCAAGACUGUGCCACAGGCAGAGCAAACCCUGCUGUUCUUGUUCCAGUCUUAAUAGUCAUAUUACUUCUCAUUAUUCUGCUUGCUGCGCUGGCAUUUUACUUCUACAGACGUAAAAGAGAACAGUUACAUGCACGAGAAGUAAGGAAGCCUGGACUAGAUACAGUGGAAUGUGGAAAAGGUGAACACAUUUGCCUGUUAGAAGAUGAACUAACGGAGACUAUGCCAGCUUCAUCUCAAGCCACACUCCCUUGCCGUAACAGACUUACUGCUCCAAAUAAAAAAUGGGAUCAGGACAGUGAAUUGGAGAAUGGAGAUGAAACUCAUGAGGGACAAAAACUUUUGAAGGAAAGUCCGCAAUCUGCUAUAACAGGAAAAAACAAAGACGACACAGGAAAUACAAAUGGAGAACUUGACAAAAAUAAGGAAAACAGCGGAACUGCAGAUGAAGCAGAAGAAAAUAAUAACAGCAAAGCUGAAAAAACAAACACAGAAGUAGAGAUCCAGAAAUUCUUAGAAACACAAGAAGAUAAGGAGAAAAGUCAGAUACUGAAAAAUAAGAGUGAAGAUGAAGAGAAGACACCUGGGGAGACACCUGAGACACUAAGAGAUCCGGACACUAAAGAUGCAGAUAAAAAUGAGGAAGACUGGGCACCUGAAGAGAAAAAAGAGAAGGAAGAGGAAAACAAAGAAAUAGACAAUCUGAAAUCAGCUGAAGGAGAACUAGAAAAACAUCGAAAAAACAGUAAAAAUGCAGAUGAAGAAAGUGCUAACAGCAAAGCUGAUAAAACAGACACCGAAAUAGAGAUCCAGAAAUGCUUACAAACCCAAGAAGAAAUGGAGAAAAAAUGUCAGAUACUGAAAAAUAAUAGUGAAGAUGAAGAGAAGAAACCUGAGAAGCCGACUGAGGAUCUAGGAGACCAGGAAUAUAAAAAUGCAGAUAAAAAUAAUAGUGAAGAUGAAGAGAAGGAACAUGUGGAUCCGUCUCAGAAUCUGGGGGAUCAGGAAAAUAAAAAGAAUAGUGACAAUGAAGGGAAGGAACAUGUGGAUCCGUCUCAGAAUCUGGGGGAUCAGGAAAAUGAAAAUGCAGAAAAAAAGAAUAGUGACAAUGAAGGGAAGGAACAUGUGGAUCCAUCUCAGAAUCUGGGGGAUCAGGAAAAUGAAAAUGCAGAAAAAAAGAAUAGUGACAAUGAAGGGAAGGAACAUGUGGAUCCGUCUCAGAAUCUGGGGGAUCAGGAAAAUAAAAAGAAUAGUGACAAUGAAGGGAAGGAACAUGUGGAUCCGUCUCAGAAUCUGGGGGAUCAGGAAAAUAAAAAUAAUAGUGACAAUGAAGGGAAGGAACAUGUGGAUCCGUCUCAGAAUCUGGGGGAUCAGGAAAAUAAAAAGAAUAGUGACAAUGAAGGGAAGGAACAUGUGGAUCCGUCUCAGAAUCUGGGGGAUCAGGAAAAUGAAAAGAAUAGUGACAAUGAAGGGAAGGAACAUGUGGAUCCGUCUCAGAAUCUGGGGGAUCAGGAAAAUGAAAAUAAUAGUGACAAUGAAGGGAAGGAACAUGUGGAUCCGUCUCAGAAUCUGGGGGAUCAGGAAAAUAAAAAGAAUAGUGACAAUGAAGGGAAGGAACAUGUGGAUCCGUCUCAGAAUCUGGGGGAUCAGGAAAAUGAAAAGAAUAGUGACAAUGAAGGGAAGGAACAUGUGGAUCCGUCUCAGAAUCUGGGGGAUCAGGAAAAUGAAAAUGCAGAAAAAAAGAAUAGUGACAAUGAAGGGAAGGAACAUGUGGAUCCGUCUCAGAAUCUGGGGGAUCAGGAAAAUAAAAAGAAUAGUGACAAUGAAGGGAAGGAACAUGUGGAUCCGUCUCAGAAUCUGGGGGAUCAGGAAAAUAAAAAGAAUAGUGACAAUGAAGGGAAGGAACAUGUGGAUCCGUCUCAGAAUCUGGGGGAUCAGGAAAAUAAAAAUGCAGAUAAAAGUAAAAGUGAAGAUGAAGAGAAGGGACAUGAGGAUCCGACUCAGAAACUAGGAGAGCAGGCCACUGAAGAUACACAUAAAAAUGAGGAAGACCGGGCACUUAAAGUGAAAAAAGAGAAGGAAGAGGAAAACAAAGAAAUAGCCAACACGAACAAAGAGAUUUUGAGUCCACAGUCUGCUGUGACAGGAAGAAUUACAGUGGACACAGGAAAUGUAGAAGAACAACUACACAAAAAUGAGAAGAGCAGCCAAAAUGAAAAUGGUGAACAGUCAACAGAGCAGCAGAACAAGAGCCUAUCUAUUAAUGAGGAUGACCAGAGGCCGGAAAGGGAGGAUGAAGAGAAAACUGAAAAGGAAAACCACGAGGUGACUGGCAUACUACACGCAGAUUCACCGUCUAAACUGGACACCAGUGACCCAUCUUUAAACCUGAAUAUGGAAUUAUAAAAUAAUCAAGCUGCAUCCUUCCCUCAAGAGGAAGAUGAAGAUGUUGAACAGAAAGAUAAGAGCAGCGAGUCAGAACAAGGCAGGAAGGAAAAAAAUUAUGUACCAGAAAUUAAAGAGGCAAAAAAAAAAAACUUUCUA